AUGGACUCCCUUCCCGUCGAGCUGGUCCAACUCGUCUAUCAAUACUGCGAUGGCCCGUCUGUAAGAGCCCUCCGUCUAGCGUCGGGCAGGUAUGCCGACGUAGGCUACGAAUACCUUAUCGAGCCGCACUUCAACGCCGUCGAGUGGCGAGACGACAUCUCGCGCCUGCGCUCCAUCGCCGGCCACGACCGUCUCCGCGGCAGCAUCCGGUCCCUCACCUUCAACUUCACCAAAGUCGACGAGUACACCGCCCGCCACACCUCCUUCUUCCAGCACUACUUUGAGGAGUCCGAAGAGCGCAAUGCGCUUCUCCAAGAUGCCUGGGUCCGGUACUACGAGCUGGAAGAGACCGCCCGCAAGCUCCCGCCCUUCCACUCCCGCUCCACCACCGUCGAGGAGGCCUUCAAGCGGCUGCCGAACCUCAAAGACCUCGAGAUCACCCUCACGAAAUGCCCCUAUGACAUCCCCCUCCUCCAGGAAGUCUUCCAGGCCGGCAUCGGCCGCAAGCCCGACCGCAACCAGGUCUGCAAAAACAUGAACGCCAUCGUCUCGGCGAUCCGCCACAUGCGCCUGUCCUCGCUCUCCAUCGACCAGCUCCCGCUCGAGAUCUUCCGCCUGGCCAACGACCGCCGCCACUGGUUCGACUGCGCGCGCUCCUUCUCCAGCCUGUCCCGCCUGAGCCUGGUCCUCGACACGCCCGCCAAUCUGCUGCCCUCGGCACGGCACCGCGCCAUCAACGGCCUCGGCGGCGUGCUGCACUACAGCGUCAACCUGACCCACCUCAGCCUCGCCUUCCACAACUACCACUCACCAAUGCAAAAAUUCCACCUCUCCUUCGCCGCACUCUUCCCCGGCGGCGGCUGCGGCGGCGCCCCCGAGUUCACCUACGCCAAGCUGACCGACCUCAAGCUCGAGGGCAUCAGCUGCAGCGAGGCCGACCUCAAGAGCUUCAUCCUCCGGCACGGCGCGACGCUGGAGCGGCUCCGGCUCGGCGGGCGCGGCCUGGCCAAGCCCGACGAGUGUAGCAUGGGCGGCGUGCACCUGCACGAGGGCUCCUUCCGCGGCCUCUUCUCCGGCCUGCGCGGCAAGAUGCCCCGCCUCGGCCGCUUCCACAUGGAGGGCGACGCCGCUGCGGGUGACUACAUGGCUAGCUCGCGUGAGGUGUAUUUGUUCAGCCCCGUGACGGAUGAUGAGUGGGAGCCUAUCGUGUUGGGGGGGGAAGGAGGAGCAGCGCGCGGAACGCCGGGAGGGGCUGGCGGCAUGGAGAGACAGUCUCGCAAUGGAGGUCACCCCCGGCGGUCUCAGACUGCCAUCAUCUCCGGCGUGGUACGGGCGGCGCACCACGUUACCCCUCUUGUCUCCGAGGUUACCUCACACUGA